GAGGAAAAAUGAGAGGGAGCAGUCAGAAGAGAGCAUUCCGGUGAUACAGUUAGUACAGUUAGGAAGAAUGGAGUCCAGACUAGAGCUGGUCCGAUCCCACAUUCGGGCUUUUCCGGACUUUCCAAAGAAAGGAAUCAUGUUCAGAGAUAUCUGUCCCAUCCUGAAGGAUCCAGCCGCUCUGACAGCAGUCAUUGAUCUGUUUGAAGAGCAGGUGAGGCGGAAUUACCAGAAUGUUGAUCUGAUCGUAGGUUUAGAUGCUCGGGGUUUUCUGUUUGGGCCCUUGCUUGCUCAGCGGCUUGGUGUUGGCUUUGUCUUAGUCAGAAAGAAAGGGAAACUCCCUGGAGCCACUGUGUCUGUGGCAUAUGAUCUGGAGUAUGGGAAGGCCGAGGCUGAGAUCCAGGAGGAUGCAGUAGCUCCAGGACAGAAGGUCCUGCUCAUUGAUGACCUCCUGGCCACUGGAGGGACUUUGUUUGCUGCAUGUGAGCUGAUGAGGAAGCAGCAAGCGGAGGUUUUGGGCUGCUUGGUGGUCAUUGAGCUCAAAGAGCUGAAUGGUGCAGAAAAACUGAAACCAAACAGCAUUUUCUCCCUGGUACAGUACUGAGGACCACCACAGCUGCCUUUUCACUCAGGUGUUUUCCAUCGCCUCACCAUUAUCUUUUAACUCAUGUAACAUUUAAUGUUGUGCAAUUUGUACAUGUUUUUGUCUCAAAAUAUCAGUCUGGUAAUGCUUUUAUUUUAAAGGGGAAACUCUGUUGUUUGAUGAAACCCUCAUUCUGAACUUGCAGGGUACAAAAUUCAGCAGCAAGCUUCAGGAUUAACCUCCUUCAACCCUUUUCAUAUCCAUGAUUUCGGCUCAUGGCACAAAUUACCAUAAAAGGCUGCACAAGUAUGAGUGUUGAGCUUAUUUGACUCACACACAGUAGCUUCAGUUCCUCUGUUGAAAAGCAUUCUUCAGUAGAGGCAUAAAACGGUUUUGUCUGCAAUUAUGAUUCUGAAUGAGGCUUGCUGUUGGAAAUGUUUUAAAAUAUGCUUCCUGCUGAUUUUGAAGUCACCUAGUUAGGCGACUCCACCACAAGAGGGCACAAGAGGAUUGGAGGUCCUGAGAGGAGCCGGCAGGGGGUUCAAGUGAGGCAAAGAAACAUUAUUACUGCCACAUUAUCGCCACACAAAUUCACCUUAUUGGAUAGAUAUUUGUACCUGUCAUAUGUAUAUUGAAGAAAAAACUCACUAGGUAUCGGCAUUUGAGUAAAUUUGAGCUUAUAAAGCAGAUAUCAUAAACUUAAUUUGUGCAAGGGCCAGAUUUUGUCUUGACAGAGGCUGUGUGGGCCGGACUUUCAAAUAAAUUUAACAGAAAUACAUAAUUUGGGUGUGAAUCACAAAGUAUAUGUAUUUAUUUAAAAAUGUACUUAAUCUUAAGCACUGACAGUGAGGUCAGUCCCAACAACAGCCAGCCAAAGGGGGAUGAUCCAGAUAAUUUGCCUACAUAUGUCUGGGGCUCUAUGCUGAUAUGGUGGCUUUGAUUGCUAAUAAACACAUGCAUUGAUUCUCAAGCACUGGAAAUAGCUUUCUCCAAGAGUCUGGAGUUAAAUGUCAACACAGAAAACUGCAGAUUUAACUAGACAAAAAUGCCUUUUCUAAUGGAAUAAUAAUGGAAUAGAAUAGUAGAAAACAUUGCUGAAAAUAGCUGUAAUAGUAUAAAUAAUACCCAAAAAUGGCAUGAAAAUUUGUUAAUCUUUAAUAGCUCCAUAAUAUUUAUAAUGUGAUUCUUAAGUUUUAUCCACAUUUUAAAGCAAGAAUGAAAUAUGUCUGUAUGUGGAUGUAAGCUAAAGUUAUAAGCUUUACAAGAUAGAGAAUUGGAAAAGUUUUCCCAUUUGAAAUAAUGUAAAUAUUUUUGAGAAAAGGCUGAAUAGUUGGAAAAAUAUAAAUAGCAAAACCUGACAAGUUUAAUGGUGAAAUAGUUAAAAUAACAUAAGAAUAGCCAAAGUUAUAAUCAGUUGAAGAAAGUGCAUUUUGUGGAAUUUUCCCAUCUGUUUAACAUUGUUUAAAUAAAGUUAAAAAAAAAACAAUAAGUAUAAAAGUUAGAAAUGUGAAAAAUCAAAGCUAUCAACCCUUUAAGAAGCCUAAAUUAAUAAAGUUUGAAUGGUCUUAAUACAAUAAAGUGUAAAGGCAUAGAUAGCCCACACAGACAAAUAAAAAUGGCCGACACAAAGAGCAACAGUGUGGAUGCUGACUCAGCAUCCCCACUGAUCAGGACUGGACUGAUAAGAGUGUGUUUAUCAUGCUCUAUAGUUAGCUAUUGAAGCUGACAGGUGGAUUUCUGGGGAAAAAAAAUCCAUCAACCAUCGAGCCAUUCCUGAUAAAACUGUUGCAACUUGAUUGUUUUGGGAUUGAUUUGAUAGCUGUAUGGACUUAAGAACAAAAGAUACUCUUAAAAACCACAUCAUCAUCUUUUCCUGCUAACAUUUUCUGAAUGUUAUCAUUUCUGGGGGUCCUGACAUGGCCCUGGGGCCACCAGCUGAUGAUCGCUGUAUAAACUCAACAGAAGGGCCGCCAUGUUUUGGUCUGCACUGGUAGUGUGACGUCACGUGGCCGGGGCACUCCUCAGCUCACUAUGCCUAAACCUGAUAAAUAAUAAUAUUUAAAUUUAAAACUUUAAAACUUAACUUUUCUGACUGAACGCCUCAGUGAGGGUUGCAGCUCACGCUGAUGUGAGAGUCAGUCCUCGGUCAAAAUAGGCAGGAAAAUAAUAAAAAGGGAGCCAUAUUUACUUUGUUGUACAUCCACAUUGGUAGAAAAGGUUUGAAAUCUGUUCCCAUUAAACCUGAUAAAGGCCAUGAGCUAAAGUCUGUUUAAUAAAGUUCUUCAAAAUUAUUUUUCGUGAAACUUUCUGCACAGAUAAAGAUGAACACAAUACAAUAGCACUUCUGGUUUGUGCUUUUCAAAGUAAAAGCCCACUUGAGCAUUUUUUUUGUAGAAACUCCCUUCGGUUGUACAAAAUACUUUUGUUUUGAAAAGCUCCUAGGAAGGUUCCAUUAUACACUAGAUGAAGUCACUUGUAUGGAGGUUUAUUGAGGUAAAACUUGGCAGGGAUGGUGAACACAUGUAGCAGCAGCAAGCAGCCUGUCAUGUCAAAUUUAGUCAAAAUGUAGAUAUCCUGAGUUUUUGAUUCAAUAUACAUAAUAGAAAUAUAAAUAUCUAUUCAUUGAAUUUGUCUGAUCAUGUUGGGAUCCUUUGAAGGAGUUUUUAUUCAUCUCAACUUUUAUAGUCUUACAUCUAAUACUGGGAUCUAUUUUUGCAUUUAUUGCCAAAGCAUGGUAAGCAGGUAUGAGGAAUGGAAGUAUGGGUUAAAUGAAGCAUUUUGUUUGCUGCAGACUCAGAGACCAAAUGUUUUCUUACUGCUACAUUUUAUUUCAUUACAUCAUCAAAAUUAAGUUUUUGCUUUAAAAGUGUCUGAACAUUUCUCUGGGACUUGAGGUUUAGCAGUGGUGUUACUUAUGUGAUCAUUAGAAUUAUCCUGUUAUGCUGGCUGAACCACAAAAUAUAAAUCACGUUCUGAAUAAACUCAAGUUAUCUUCACUG